GUUGGGGUCAACGUACAGAGUGUCCAACUGUGGCUCAUCAGAUAUGUCAGGCAAAAUUCAGCAGUGCUUCAAAGUAUAAUCAACUCUCCGUCAAAGAAACAGAUUCUAAAAGUUGAAACGUCACAGACCAAUCAAAGACAAUGGCAAAAGAAAAGAAAAAAGCAGACAAAAAGGCAGAUAAAUCUGCCCGGACUCCUUCUCCUCUGUCUGAACAAGCAGAUGCAGCCAAAGAUUCCGCAUCAAAGGAGCCAUCUCCUCCCCAAGAGGAUGAAGCCCUUUUAAGCAAAGACGAGAAGCCAGAUGAAAUGCAAAUGGAGGCCCCUCAAUAUUAUGAAGAGCCCAUUCUCACCAAACUGAUUGUUUUAAGCUACGAGGGUGAAACAAUUCGUGGACUUUAUGAGGGAGAAGGUGUGGCCCACUUUGAGGGAGGAAGCACGUACAGAGGUAUGUUUUCAGAAGGACUCAUGCAUGGACAAGGGACUUAUAUCUGGCAGGAUGGAUUAAAAUAUGAGGGAGACUUUGUUAAGAAUAUACCUAUGUAUCAUGGUACAUACACAUGGCCUGAUGGUAGCACCUAUGAAGGAGAAGUGACUAAUGGAGUAAGACAUGGAUUUGGUAUGUUCAAAUGCAGCACCCUACCAAUAUCUUACAUUGGCCAAUGGUGUCAUGGCAAGAGGCAUGGAAAGGGCUCCAUUUAUUACAACCAAGAUGGCACUUCAUGGUAUGAGGGAGAUUGGGUCUACAAUAUCAAAAGAGGAUGGGGCAUAAGAUGUUACACAUCUGGAAAUAUUUAUGAAGGACAGUGGGAAGACAACUUGCGCCAUGGUGAGGGAAGGAUGAGGUGGCUGACAACCAAUGAAGAGUAUACUGGUCAAUGGGUAAAGGGCAUCCAGAAUGGAUUUGGAACACACACUUGGUUUCUAAAAAGAAUCCCUGGCUCUCAGUAUCCUUUGAGAAAUGAAUAUGUAGGAAAUUUUGUAAAUGGGGAUCGUCAUGGUCGUGGGAAGUUUUUCUAUGCUAGUGGCGCACUGUAUGAUGGAGAAUGGGUUUUCAAUAAGAAGCAUGGUUUUGGCAGGUUAACAUUCAAAAAUGGACGCAUUUAUGAAGGACAAUUUGUCAAUGACCACAUAGCAGAACUUCCAUUGUUUGAUAUCGAAGCAGAAAGUAACUUGGACAAUCCCAAUGCUUCCCCAGAAAUUGCAUUUAGUGCAGAGGUUAUCAGAAAACUUGAUGGCAGCGAAAGCAAUUCUAUUUUAGGAUCAAGCAUUGAACUUGAUUUGACUUUGUUGUUAGACAUGUACCCUCCAGCAGAAAGACCUGAAGAAAAGAAACAGGUAGAAUUUGCUAUUUUGAGAAAUAUUACAGAAUUAAGAAGAGUCUAUAGUUUUUACAGCAGCCUAGGAUGUGAUCAUUCUCUUGAUAAUACUUUCCUGAUGACAAAGCUUCAGUUCUGGAGACUUUUGAAGGAUUGCAAACUUCAUCACUGUAAAAUAACUCUUGCUGAUAUGGACAGGGUAUUAAGUGAUAAUAAUAAUAUUUCAAUUGAAGAAAUACACUCCCCAUUUACCACUUUACUACUGAGAACGUUUUUGAAUUACCUGUUACAACUAGCGUACCACAUUUAUCACAAAGAUUACCAAAAUAGAAGUCCAUCCCUCUUCAUGUGUUUUUCAAGAAUGAUGACUGAUAAUAUUACUCCCAAUGCCUGUCAGAUAAAAGGCAAUUUCUUCUGUGACCCACAGCGGACUAUCUAUGCAAUGAAUUAUAUAGAUAAAUGCUGGGAGAUUUAUUUAGUUUACUGUAGACCAAACCCUAAUCCCCCUCAGGAGCUAACGAUGAAGGCUAGACAUUUUCUCUGGAUGUUAAAGGAUUUUAAAAUACUAAGUAAAGAUUUAACAGCAACCAAAUUUGUGGAAAUCAUAGCAGAGGAUAAUCCUUACAUGCAUGAUGGAAUCGAUAGCAACUUUGAACUCGAGCUGGUUUUUCUAGAAUUCUUUGAAGCUCUGUUAGGCUGUGCACUUUAUUGCGAUACAUCGCAAAUAGAGAAGCAACAAGGAGGUCAUCUAAUUGAUGAUUUUACUGCAGUCAAAUAUGUCAGUACACAUCAGAAUGUUUCAACCAGGAGCAUGAGUGCUUUAACCAGUUAUGACUCUGAUAUCGUUCACUUUGUUAGUGCAAAGUCUUCUUCAAGCAAGUUAGGACUGCCACCAGUAGAAAUGAACAAAAUGAGGAAACCUGAGACAAAAUCCAAGGAGUCUGUAAGUGAUGAAAAGGGUUCUAAAUUGACGCCUAAACCCAUGGGAAAAGGUAUAUCACUUUUUUUAGCACAACUGGAAAAAUUUGAAAAGGCCAAAAAUGGAAGAAAAGAAAAGAUCAACAUAUGGAUCAAUCACAUAUACUUCUUUUUUGUGAACAUCUUGUUUCAAGCAUAUAAACAUGAAGAAAUCAUAAAAGAAAAAGUAAAGGAAAACAAGAUACGGUAUGAAGAACUAGCUGAGAAGAAAAAAAUUGAAGAUGAGGAAGUGGAAGCAAGGCUUAAUGUCUUACAAGAGGAAGAGGCCAAAAGACAAGAUAAUGAGACAGAAGUAAUUAAAACUACAGUUAAAGAGCCAGUGGUAGAAGAUACACCUCAUUUUACACCAAGUCCACCUAAAGAAGAGGCAGUUAAGGUUCCUGUACCCAAGAAAAAGAAAAAGUAAAAUGAUGUUUGGUGAUUUACUCUUUCAGCAAGGCAAGUAGAUGUGACAAGAAAUUUGGAA